AUGUCCUCGUUAGCUAUCAUUCAACAAAAUGUUGCUCGGUAUGGCCUAUCAACAUUAUUAGUUCUUGGUAACGUUGGUAAUAUCUUCACUAUCUUCAUCUUAUCACGUUCAGUAAAACAAAAGGUCAAUUCAUGUUCCCUGUAUUUACUUUCUGCUUCGAUUUCAAAUUGGAUUGUAAUUAAUACAGCAUUAAUAUCGAAUAUAAUUGGUGUCGAUCACAUUGAUCCACAACAUACAUCAAAUAUUAUCUGUAAAAUUCGUUGGUCUGGUACUCAUGCACUAUUGAUGUUGUCACGAAGUUUUAUGAUUGCGGCCUGUAUUGAUCGGUGGGCUUUAUGUUCGAGAAAUGCCACUAUUCGAUCGUUUUCUCGACCACAUCAAGCUAUUCGUUUGAUCAUUAUUCUGAUUAUUGUUUGGACAAUUAUACCCAUUCAUAUGGUAAUUUUUUUCAAUAAUACAUCAGGUCGAUGUAUAGCCACGCCUGGUGUCUAUGCUUUGUUUUAUGCUAUCUAUUCACUGUUUAUUAUUGGCAUCAUACCUCUUUUAUUGAUGAUUGUAUUCAGUAUGAGGGCUUGGCAUAAUUUACGUUUGGCUCGUACUCGCAUAGCACAAGCUGGCACUAACAACGUAAAAAUUGCUAAACGUGAUCGAGAUUUAAUGAAAAUGUUAAGUGGUGAAGUGUUUGUCUAUUGUUUAACUACCAUUCCAUAUCCAAUCAAUUUAAUUUAUAGUGUUUCAACGAACUCUAUUGCUGCCUUCAAAAGUCCAGAACGAAAGGCAAUUGAAUCUUUAGUUGGAUAUAUUGUAAGCCCAUUAUUGAACUUUAUGUACUGUUGUGCCCAGUUCUAUGGUAAAACAGAAAUUUGA